UGUUAUUGCUGUAAAAGGUGAAACAUGGAUUUAAACGGGAGCGGUGGCGGUAAUGAUCACCACAAUAAUCAAUUCUACCCGUCCGAGGAGAGCAAACCUUUGCUGGAAGAGAUCUCUGCGCCGACGCCGGAGGGUAAUAAUAAUUGUAAACUGGGCGCCGGGCCGUGUCGGAGAACCCUGCUUCACUGCAGCAGCGGGAUGCGAUACAAGCUGCUUCAGGAGGGAGACAUCCAGGUGUGCGUUGUGAAGCACCCACGAACCUUCCUCAGUAAAAUACUCACCUCCAAAUUUUUACGGAGAUGGGAACCACACCACCUCACCUUGACUGACAGCAGUCUUGUCUCUGCAACGCCCACAGGAUACAUGGAGACAGCUCUGUCCUACAGCAGUAUAGAGGACCUGCAGUUGUUGUCCUGGGACAAUGCCCCCAAAUACUGUGUUCAGCUCAGCUUUCCUGGUGGGACUGUUCUACUUCAGGCAGCAAACAGCUACCUGCGGGACCAGUGGUUUCACUCUCUACAGUGGAAGAAAAAGAUCUACAAGUACCGCAAGGUUCUGAACAACCCCAGCCGCUGGGACGUGGUUCUGAAGGAGAUCCGCUCUCUGGUGGACAUGGCAUUGACCUCCCCUCUGCAGGACGACUCCAUCCACCAGGCUCCUCUCCAUAUCAUCUCCACCCUGCUGGCUGAGAACACUAACCUCAGCACUCAGGACCAUGAGAACAUCAUUGUGGCAAUCGCUCCUCUUCUGGAGAACAACCACCCCUCACCUGACCUGUGUGAAUUCUUCUGCAAGCAUUGUCGAGAACGCCCGCGGUCAAUGGUGGUUAUUGAAGUGUUCACACCUGUGGUUCAGAGAAUUCUCAAACACAACAUGGACUUUGGGAAGUGCCCCAGACUGCGUCUCUUCACUCAGGAGUAUAUUUUGGCUCUGAAUGAGCUCAAUGCUGGUAUGGAAGUGGUCAAGAAGUUCAUUCAUAGCAUGCAUGGGCCCACAGGACAGUGUCCCCACCCACGGGUUCUCCCUAACCUGGUGGCUGUGUGUCUGGCGGCCAUCUACUCCUGCUACGAGGAGUUCAUCAACAGUCGAGAUAACUCCCCCAGUCUAAAGGAGAUCAGGAAUGGCUGCCAGCCACAGAACGAGCGUAAACCACCCAUGCCCCUCCGACUGCUCCGUCCAGAACCUCCCACACCACCCCCCUCGGCCACCCUGUCGCCCAGCACUGCCCUCUCCCCUCCCCCCACGCUGCCUCUCUCCCCUCCCCCCUCCAUCGUCAACUCCAGCGAGAUCCUGGUGGAGCUGGAGAGGAACAACAACAACACUGCCAACACGCUGAGGAAGGCUCCAGCAGGGGGCGACAGCGAGCCCAACCUCAUUGACUGCCUGCUGGUUAGCCCCGCCCUAAACGCCCUGUCCAUUCAGCUGCCUGCCCAGGCCGACCGAGUCCUGGGCUGUUUCGCCCUCAUCCUCAAGAUGCUGUCUGACUAUGAUGACUGGAGACCAGCACUGGCCAGCCUACUGCAGCCCAUCCCCUUCCCUAAAGAGGCUCUUGCACACGCCAAAUUCACAAAGGAGUUGAAGUAUGUCAUUCAGAGGUUUGCCGAAGACCCCAGACAGGAAGUACACUCCUGCCUUCUGAGUGUGCGAUCAGGGAAAGAUGGCUGGUUCCAGCUGUACAGCCCGGGUGGCGUUGCGUGUGACGAUGAUGGAGAGCUCUUUGCCAGCAUGGUUCACAUCCUGAUGGGCUCCUGCUAUAAGACUAAGAAAUUCCUCCUGUCUCUCGCUGAGAACAAACUGGGGCCCUGUAUGCUCCUCGCACUGCGUGGCAACCAGACCAUGGUGGAGAUUCUGUGCCUGAUGCUGGAGUAUAAUAUCAUAGAGAAUAAGGACACUCAACUGCAGAUCAUCUCCACACUGGAGAGCACCCAGGUCGGCCUGCGUAUGUACGAACAGCUGUGUGACCGUCAGAGAGAGCUCAAAGAACUGCAAAGAAAAGGGGGUCCCACUCGACUCACACUGCCCUCUAAAUCCACGGAUGCUGACUUGGCUCGUCUGCUGAGUUCUGGUUCCUUUGGGAACUUGGAGAACCUGAGUCUGGCCUUCACAAACGUCACCAGUGCCUGUGCAGAACAGCUCAUCAAACUGCCCUCUCUCAAACAGCUCAACCUGUGGUCCACUCAGUUUGGAGAUGCAGGACUACGGCUGCUGUCAGAGCACUUGGCCUGUCUACAGGUCCUCAACCUGUGUGAGACGCCCGUCACAGACGCGGGUCUUCUGUCCCUCAGCUCUAUGAAGAGUCUGUGUAGUUUAAAUAUGAACAGCACUAAACUCACCGCAGACACGUAUGAAGACCUGAAGGCCAAACUGCCCAAUCUGAAGGAGGUGGAUGUUCGUUACACAGAGGCAUGGUGAACAUUGUCCACGCUGUUUUUCAACGUGAGGAACCUCUGACAUCAUAUUGGAGGAUUCCGUGACAUCAUCAGAACACGUGUAGAAUUUUUGACAUCAUCAUUUCAAAUCUUUGACGUCUGCAUACGUCCGGCCUUUUCCACAUCAUCCCAGUCUGCGGACGAGGACUGUCUCGUAUAGGAACGUCAUUUAAACACGAGGACUUCUCCUUGUCAUCUCCGAAAAUGCGGAGGAGGAGGAGCGGUCUAGUGACAUCACUCAUGUGGGAGGACCUUCUUUGUAGUGACAUUAAAAUGCAGGAACCUUUCUAGUGACAUAACCAUGAAGGCAAGGAGCCAUUCUCUAAUGACCUUAUUUCACAAGGAUUCUCUUUGUCUCCCUCUCUCUC